AUGGCCUUUUCACUCACGAGUGUCUGGUCCCUUGCUCUCCUGCUUCCCAUCGUCCUCGCGGUAUGGCUCUUCGUCGUCUUGGUGACGCCGCAGCUGGCCCGCUUCCGCUUCCGCGGGGAUUUGACCUGGUACGACCUGGGUCUCUAUGGAUUCGCGCCCGCGCGCAGCUACAACUCCUUCGAAUAUGAGUCGCCGCGCUUCGAGUUCCUCCAGACCGACGCCCGAUGUAGCCGGGAUUACCUAUUUCUUGCCCCGCGGGGGGAUUCAAUCCCCGAGCCGGCCGGCAUGAUCGUCGAUCCGGAGGGGGAGCUGGUCUGGCGGAAUUUUGGCCUGCAGGGGAUCACUCAGGACUUCCGUGUGCAGACUUACCGCGGUGAGAACUUUCUCACUUUCUGGGUGGGAGAGGAGCGAGAUGGUCGCAAACAGGGGUCUUGGUAUAUGCUUGACUCAUCUUACACCCUUCGGUAUGCUGUAAUUCCCGGUGGAAAUGUAACGGGCGAUAUGCAUGAGUUCCAACUCACGCCUUCCGAUACAGCGCUGAUCACCAUCUACCACCCUAUCCCUGGCGACUUGAGUGGCAUUGGCGGCCCCGUCGACGGCUGGAUCCUCGACGGGGUAUUCCAGGAGAUCGACAUCGAGACAGGCAACGUCCUCUUUGAGUGGCGGGCCUCAGAGCAUAUCCCCGUCGACAGAACGUUCAAGACACUGCAGGGCUGCCAGAGGAGCGAGGCAUCGGCGUUUACUGGCUGCGGCGAGGACGAGAGUGCCGCGUUUGACUUUUACCACAUCAACAGCAUCGACAAGGACAGUCGGGGAAACUACCUCGUCUCAGGCCGCCACACGUUCACUGUGAGCUAUGUCGAUGGCCGGACUGGCGCGGUGCUUUGGAAUCUAGGCGGCAAGGAGAACGACUUCCAUGAUCUCUCCGACGGCGCGGCCACCGAUUUCUCCUGGCAACAUCAUGCGCGUUGGUAUGGGGACAGUGCCGUCACACUCUUCGACAACUCCGCCGACGACAAUUCGGACCCGUCGGUUGAGAGCCGGGCGCUUGUCAUCGAUCUCGGGUUGCAGAAAAACGAUCAUCUCUCUGCAAAACUCCGCACGGUCUUUCACAACCCGCAACGCAUGGAAGCCGCUUCACAGGGGAGCGUGCAGAUCCUGUCAGAUAGCGGCACCGUCCUGGUCGGCUGGGGUCACAGCGCCGCCUUCACCGAGUUCGCGGCCGCCGAUGGCCGCCUCCUCUGCGACGCCCACUUUGGCGCGUCCGCCUACUUCACCUUCGGCCGGGUGUCAUCCUACCGGGUCUUCAAGGGCAAAUGGACCGGCCAUCCACGCGAACCGCCGAACGCCGUCAUCCUCGACCGAAUUCUGUAUGUCAGCUGGAAUGGCGCGACGGAGGUUACGCAGUGGCAGGUUGAAGUUACCAACGCAGAUGAUGACAACGACAGCCUACCUGGUGAGUCGUUUAUCCUGUCUCAAGUCUACAAGGACGGCUUCGAGACGGAAAUCCCUCUCCCCGACUCGCUGGGCCGGUCCCUCGUGCGGGUCGUGGCCCUAAAUGCCGCGGGGGACGUGCUGGGCCGGUCAGAGCUGCUCGAGGUCCCCGCGGAGGCAGUAAGAGGACCAGAAAAGAGGAUUAUUUUGCUUACAGGCGGCAUUAGUUCAAGUACACAAUUAGUUAGCCUGUUAUCACAUCAUCUCCUCAUUUCCACCGUGAUGACUACUACUAGUUGA